UAGAUGUUAUGGAAACGAAAGGAAAGUUAUGCCGUUUACGUGUGAUAUUUCGGCGUCUCAAGUUAUGGAUCCCGCCACAAUAUUCGAUAAUAUAACAUCAUAUAGCUUUCUUCGCUACUUCUCCACCGAAGAGGCCGCACAGAAAUUUUGCCAUUUCGUGCCACAUCCGGACCUAACCGGUUUCUUUCCGCCAUGUCCUAAGUGCGGAGGCACUAUGCGGAAGGAACCGGCUCCAUCUGACAGGUUCGGAUUCGUCUACCGCUGUGAAAAAGUCCAGCAGAAAAAGAUGAGGAGGCGGGCUAGCGGCACCAUCUUGAGGGCCAUGUGCACUGGUUCCGUCUUGCACUCACAACACCUUUUUCGAAAGGAUACAGCUUUCAGCCCAAGAGGUGUUAAUGCUUGUGUUAAUGCGUGGGUCAAGCAGGAGCCGGUCACCGUCGACGCGGAGGAAUGCGGCGUGGCCCCCAAAACAGCGGUGGAUUGGUACAAUUACUGCCGUGAAGUUGCGGAGGUUUUCGUCUCCUACCAGCAAGACAUCUAGAAGGGAGGCACGUCGAGAUCGACGAGACCUUCACCCGGAGGCAAAAAUACCACCGCGGCCGCGUAACUAAAGGCACCCAAAUCACCAUCUUCGGUGUCUUUUGUCGGGAAACACGGGAGGUGAUGUACUGACAUGUAAGUAGUAGCCAAACAUUAUUAUUUCCUUUUAUCUUUUAGUUUUAGUGGAAGCCGACUGCGAGCGAAACCGAUCGUGUCGGCGAAUGAGGGGCCGUAGGCCCCGAGGUCGAGGAGGAGCGCGGGGGGCGUGCUAAAGGACUUAACUCGGAAAUAAUUAGACUGCAGUAACAUUAGAAUAGUUCGAUAGGCUUAGCGGUGCUUAGUACAGUAGCCGACUGGGCGAGCGAAACCCAGCGUGUCGGCGAAUGAGGUGCCCUAAGCCUCCUGAGGUCGAGGAGGAGCGCGGGGUCGUGCGAAAAGGACCUAACUCCGAUAAUUAGACUCAAGGUCUUAGAUUAUAAGGUUGCCUCAUAGAGAAGAAACGGUUCUCAUUGGUUGCUUAUUUGACGUCACUCAUAGUCUAAAACGAAACAUCUUACUAUGUCCUUAUGGUAAAAACAUUACUGAUCAGAGGCUCGUAGCUUUAAUUACACGCUAAUAUUUUACUAAUUACGGUUCUUACUUAAUUAAUUAAAAAUAAAAAUUGAUUAUAAAUAAGAAAAA